AUGCCUUCUCCCAUCAUUGAAAUCGCAACAUAUUCAGAGACUGAUGUCUACGAAUGUUACAUCAAGGGACAAGAAUCGAGAACUGUCAUGAGAAGAACUUUAGAUGACUGGAUCAAUAUAACACAGGUAUUCAAAUUGGCUUCAUUUUCAAAGACCAAAAGAACUAAAAUCUUGGAAAAGGAAACAAAAUCGAUAGAUCACGAAAAAAUUCAAGGUGGUUAUGGUAGAUUCCAAGGUACCUGGAUUCCUUUGAUUUGUGCAAAAACAAUAGUGAUUAAGUAUAAUAUUGAAGACCCAGUUGUAUCCACUAUUUUAAAUUUCACGUUGGAUACAAAUAAUAUACCUCCCAAGAGAUCAAAAAAUAGUAUAUUGAAAAGGAAUUCUCCCGGUACAAAAAUUAUAUCUCCUUCAAGCUAUAAGAAAACUCCAAAGAAAAGAGAUUUUUCAACAGUAAUAAACUCUUCUCAAAGUAAUGUACCUCCUCUUUCCUCAUCAAAUAAAAAAAAUAAAAAAAUUAACCCAAGUCCUUUGCAAACUUUGAUUUAUCAUACUCCACAACAAUUCAUUAACAAUUCAAUCUCUAGUUUUUCAACUAAUACUAAUACAAAUCCAACUUCUUCCAUAUUAACGGACAGUACUAAAAAUUCAAGGUAUUCUGCUUCACAAAAGCCUUUACAAUUUUAUUCACAUCCAAAUAGUAAAAAAAAUGAUUUUAUAGAUAAUUCGAUUCAAAUCGAUAAAUCACAACAAAACAAAAGCGUAAGAUCUGUUAAUGAUCAAUUUAUUUGGCAAAAUGAACCUUCAAAUGACAUUUUUUCAAAUUCUAGCUUACAAUCAACAAACACGUCACGUUCGAUAACACCACAACCUCUUCAACAAUCUUCUCAUUCAAUUAAAGAGUAUAAGGAUUUGUUAAUGUUGGUUUUAUCAUCAGAAGAAUGUACUGAUGUGAAUUAUACCUUACCACAGAAACUAUACCAUCCUCCACAGGGAUUAGAUGUGAAUUUCCAAGUUGAUGAUCAAGGCCACAGCACUUUGCAUUGGGCUGCCGCAAUGGCAAAUUUACAUCUAGUAAGAUUAUUAGUAUCUUUAAAUGCAAAUCUUGGUCAUGUCAAUUCAAGAGGUUUUAAUUGUAUUACUAAAUUACUUUUUUAUAACAAUUGUUACAAAGCAGGAAAUAUAAAUGAAAUUCUUUCCACUUUAAGGGUUUGUCUAAUAACACCAGACACGAAUGGAAGACUUCCAGUCCAUUAUUUGGUGGAACUUUCUGUAAAUAAAUCUAAGGAUCCAGAGGUAAUAAAUUUUUAUUUUAACUCUAUUAUCUUCAAUUUGAAGCAAAACGAUCAUUCCUUACUUCGUAUGUGUUUAAAUUAUCAGGAUAGUAUGGGGAAUACCGUCUUACAUUUGGCGGCUUUAAAUUUGAAUUUGGAAUUAUAUAAUAAAUUAUUAAAACUUGGUUGCUCUCCAGAGAUAAAGAAUUUUAAUAAUGAAACUCCAACUUAUAUUUUAUCCAAACUAAAUUUAAUGGAUCCGCCGGCGAUAUCUCCACAUUUUUCAUUUGGUAAGAUUGAUAGAGACUCUACAGAUUUGUUUGAAGAGCAAAAUCUAGAGACAAUACCAUUAAUCAAUGCUCAAGACCAAGCUCAAUUGAAUGAUAUACUUGAAAACUUAGGAAAUAAACCAAUUGAUAUUCAUAAUAAUUCGAAUAAUAUUAACAAUAAUAUUAAUAAUAAGCAUAACAAUAAUAAUAAUAAUAAUAAUCACAACACUCAUAAUAAUCAUAAUAAUAGUCAUAAUCAUAAUCAUAAUCAUAAUAAUAAUCAUAAUAAUAAUAAUCACGACGAAAAUAGUGGUAUUCAUACUCUAGCCACACCUGUUGAAACAGGUUUGAAACCUGUUAAUACAAACUCAAUGAGAACCGUUACAGAAUCUUUUGAUACUACAAUUGAUGAUAAUCUGAAGAUGGAUUCGGUUAUUACUUCUUCGCUGGUCAAAGACGUAAAAAUUACACCUUCGCAAUUCUUAAUAACGUCUCCUGAAUUCAUUAAAAGGUCUAGUCCGGUACUAUCGCCAUUCAAAAAGAUAAAUAAUGAGAACUUUUUCCAUGUAGAUCAAAAUUCUCCAACCAAAAUUAAGAGGAAUCUAACAGUUGGAUCGAAAAAUGAUGACUUUUCAGAAAAUGGAAUCUAUAAUUUAAGUUCUAAAUUGACAAAUCUUUCAAAAUCCCUGGUCAAUACAAUGAAUCAAGAGUCUAUGAGAUUGAAGAAAGAAAUUCAAGCGACAAAGAUUAAAAUAGAAUCUGCAGACAAUGCACUAAAUCAAGUACACGAGCAAGAAGGAGUUUUUUUGAAAAGAUUUAAGAACAAUAAUUCGAUAAAUACCUUGGACGAUAUCAAACACGUUCAUUCUAAUUUACAAGAAGAACUUAAAUCUUCCAAGAAGACUUUACAAGAUGCAAUCAGAAAAGAACAUGAUUUAUCAAUUAUGAAAACAAUUAAACUAUCAUCUUCAAAUAGGAGAAGCGAUACCCCAGAAGACGAUAAUGGUAAAUUUGAAGAAUUGAGAGAAGAGCUUGACAAUUUAAAGAGGAAAAGAGAAAACUUAAUAAAUUCCAUUGUGGAAUCAAGAGUUUCUGAUAAUAAUACAUUGAAAUUGUUAAAAUAUAAAAAACUGUUGGGUGGUACAGAAGAACUAGAAGAACUUAAUAAUUCCAAAUUAACCGAAUUAGAAAAUGAAUUAGUUACUCAGUAG